CUUGGAUGUGAGUACAUAAAUGCUGAUACGUCAACACAGUCUAGGACACCGAAACAAGCUUCAGCUGCCCUACCAUUCUAUACCACCUUCAGAGACACCCUCGUCCUUGCUUAUCGCCCCUCCCUUCACUACCAUGUCAUCCCCAUAUUUCUCCAAAGUCCUUGUCUUUGGUGCCACUGGCGAAGUUGGCUCCGCUGUCGCACUCGAGGCCCACGCUCUUGGUGCCCGCGUUUUCAUUGCCCUGCGCGACACGUCCAAGCACAAUGAGUGGAUCUCCCCCGACCAAGAGCGUGCCGCAGACCUGCAGCGCAUCAGUGCCGACUUAACCGACCUGGACUCUGUAAAGCGGGCCGUGCAGGAGACAGGCGCACAGGCUGCUUUCAUCUACGCCGUACGCUCCAAGGACACGUUGCGUGGUGCCAUUACUGCCCUGCGUGAUGCUGGCAUCCAGUACGUCGUGUUUUUGUCGACCAGUCAGGUCAGGACCGCGGGCACCACCAAGGGUGAUAUUCGAUCCAUCAAGCCAGACCACUUCAUCCCAUGGCAACACGCACAGGUUGAGAUUGCGCUCGAAGAACUCGAGGUGCCACAUGCAGCGGUACGGGCCGGGUUCUUUGCCAGCAACCCGCUACGAAUUUACCUUGAUCGAUCUUCGGAGCCUAAACAAGUCAAUUUGUUAGCCCCAGAAGUGCCGCACGAUCCCAUUGAUCCAGCGGAUAUUGGGCGUGCGGCUGCUGCCGUCUUAGUCAACCCGCGACUGUACGCGAGCGGUUAUCAGGGACCGCCCAAGAAGGAUGUCGUUUAUCUUAGCGGGCCCGCCUUGCUCUCCCAGACUGAGCAGUGGGAGAUCAUCAACCGAGAGCUCGUCGCUGCUGGUAAGCCUCAGGUCAAGGUUAAUCACAUUACGGUUGAGCAGUACCUCGAGAAUCUGGCCAAGCUUCACGUUCCUGACGUGGUAGCCAAGUCUCUUGCCAAGUCCAUGGUGGAGACGAGGGCACUGUAUACUCCUGAGGACUAUGAGAAGCAACGGGGUAAUGUCGAGCUCUUGACGGGCCGCAAGGCUACAGUUUUUGAGGACUUUGUUAAGAGAGAGAUACCAAGAUACUUCAACUGAGUUGUUGGGCGUCAGGUUAUAUGGGCUGCGACCAGCAAGAUAUAGCAUUUUAUAUAGAUCAGCACUUGUCAUUCGACUCAAUAGACAUAUAUUAUUUA